CUACUCCCUGUGUAGAGAGCCCCUGGACUGGUGGUAACAAAAUAACAAAAGCCUCGAACGUUGCAAGAGUAACGGGGCUCCCCCCCUCCUCCUCGGCUUCGCUCCCCCGCCAGGUUUGGCCCUUAUGCACGCCGGAGAGCCCGUUUGGUCCGAUUUGUGGAAAACCGCCGGGCGGAAGCGAGGCGCCCAGAAAGGAUCCGGAGCUUGGUUGUUUAUCUGGAAGGGAGAGCACUGGAAACCGCCCGUGUCCCAUGUCCUCGCUCGCGCGCCUGUGUGUGUGUGGGGGAGAGGGAGAGAUCGAGACAGUGUGGGGUUGCCCCCCACCUUUGCUUCAGCCCUGGAUUCUCCAUGUUGGACCCGAUCUGAGGAGCAUCUACACCGCUGCCUUUGCAAAGCGCUUACUCCACGGCUUUGCAAUUGAAGGAGGAGCGGGCGAACUCCUUCCUUCUCCAUCGCGCUCGUUCCUUCUCUUGCUUCCCCCCCCUUCCUCCUCCUCCUCGGAUAUUUUCCCUCCUCCCGACUAAAGGAUCCCCAGGGUCUGUGGGAUUGUUAGAUGGAAAGCCGGUCUAUCAUCACCCAAGUGCAGAGGGACGAAGCCUUGGUCUUUUCAAAACAAGUGUUGGUGUCCAAAUCCUCCCCGAAGAAGCCUCGUGGCCGGAGCAUCUUCAAGGCGCUUUUCUGUUGCCUUCGUGCACAGAAUGUGGGGCAGACGGCCUUUGGCAACAGUCAUGGGCUGCAUAAGGAAGAGACGAACACCAUUGCCAAGUCUGAUCUGUUGCAGUGUCUCCAAUACCAGUUUUAUCAGAUUCCUGGAACAUGCCUUCUCCCUGAGGUGACUCAACAAGACCAGGGCCGAAUAUGUGUGGUGAUUGACCUGGAUGAGACCUUAGUGCACAGUUCCUUCAAGCCAAUCAACAACGCUGACUUCAUUGUGCCGGUUGAGAUAGAGGGAACAACUCAUGAGGUGUAUGUGUUGAAGCGGCCAUUUGUAGAUGAAUUCCUGAGGCGGAUGGGGGAGCUGUUUGAAUGUGUGCUCUUCACUGCCAGCUUAGCUAAGUAUGCUGACCCAGUGACUGACCUUCUGGACAAGUGUGGAGUCUUCCGGACUCGCCUCUUCCGGGAGUCGUGCGUGUUCCACCAGGGAUGUUACGUGAAGGAUCUCAGCCGGCUGGGCCGUGAUCUACGCAAAACCCUGAUCCUAGAUAAUUCUCCAGCUUCCUACAUCUUCCAUCCAGAGAAUGCGGUGCCGGUCCAGUCUUGGUUUGAUGACAUGACAGACACUGAGCUGCUGAACCUGAUUCCUGUGUUUGAGGAGUUGAGCGGAGCAGAAGAUGUCUACACCAGCCUCGGCCAACUAAGGGCACCCUAACAUUUUCCUCGUGCUGUGGCCACUGGGGAAACUACUUUUUUUUUUCACUCUGUGCCUUCAGUAUUGGCCAGGAGGGAAAGGGAACAGUGCAAUUGCUCCCCAUCACCCUGCCACAAGGCAGAUACAAGCACUUUGGAGGCAAUAAUCUGCCUGGCCGCCUUCUGUGCGAUGCCAGAGCAGUUUCCAACCAGGGUAUGGCUGGAUGCUAGAGCUUCUAGCCUUUCCAUCAAGAGCAGGGACAUCCAAAAUAACCCCACCCCAUUCCCAAUAGUGCUAGUAUCUAUGCACUGCACCCCAACCUUUAGGGGAUUCCUCCCUCCCUCCCUCCCCUCCUCCCUCCCCAAGGCAAUGCCAAAUGUUUUGGAUGGAUUCUUUAAAAGGUACAUCCUCCUCAUUUGCUUUUACAUAUUCUUGGCAGUGCUUCUUACACAGCCCUCCCCCCCCCAAUGAAAAUAUGUGGAGAGCGGUCAUCUCUUGGCAGGGAGUCAGGAUGGCCUCCUCUAUACUCUCAGAUAUUUCUGGUUUUGCCUGAUCUUCUGAUCUACAGGAUCUUUCUGGGUUGUUUUGAAGUGGUUGCUUUCUUCGCCUGUUUUUGUGAAGCUACCUUUGCUUCGCACCUCCAGCCCUCAUUGCCCCUGCUGGCUUUGGGAAAUCCCUUCUCACGUGUGGGGUGUUUAUUUGUUUUAACAUUCUGUCUUGCAGUUGUGGUUUUGCCUCGGAGGAAAGGUUGAGAUCCACGGGCAUAGAAAACCCUUUGCAACGAUUCCCCCCCCCCCAACUCUAGUAGGACAUAGCAUUAAGUGAGGACACAGCUAGCCAGUCCCACCAGUGCCACACUCCUUAUUUGCUCAAAGAUUGAAGUGUCCCUGCACUCCAGCUUUGGUCUGUUUCUUUGGGGGGGGGGAGGGGGAGGAGGUGAUUUCAUUGCCUUAAACGGCACCCAGCUAGGAGGCCGCCAGGUCAGUAGGGUACCUAUCCUCAACCCAGUUCUUCCGCUGUCUUUCCGUGUGAAGGAUUGCCUGGAAGAUGGAAGGAUUCUGAUGUUUGUCCCCUGGUGGUUUUAUCUCGCUUGAUGAUGCUGAAGGCAUAGCUUCCCACUCGGGAUUUGCUCUAGGUUCCAUCACUGUAACAUGACAGUCCUUAGCUCCUUGGAAGGUGACAAUGAGUUGGGGAUGAAUCUGUUUGAAGCUAGGAGACUUUCCAUGUACGCACAAGCCUGCUUCAUAUCAUUUGCCUUAACACUGCCUUGCUGUCUCUGUGCUGCAGCUGUUUGGCAGCAAGCAUCUGUGCCUCCUUGGUGUGGCCUCUCCUAUUUCCCGCUCUCUCCCCCCCCCCACCCCAAAUACAUUUUCAGCUGGUUUCACUCCAAACAACCAAAAGUAGUUGGAGAUUUUUUUUGUUAAUAUUUAUAUUGCAGGGAGCAGAGAUUGGUUUUGUUCUUCCUAGUGUUAAGGUCCUCCUGUCCUCUCGAACUGUGCCUGACAUACUGUGGAACGUGUGUUUCUCAAGUGCCACCAAAUGGGUCAACAAUGCCAGCUUGCUUUUUCUCUCUCCUUUUUCUCCACCAUCAGCAACACAUUGCAAGGGAAUCUGGGUUUAGGCAGUGUGGGGCUGGUAGCAAAGAGGGGUAGAGUCCAUGGGGUUCUUUUUAAAAAAAUAAAAAUAAUGCUGCCUUAUUGGCUAAGGGGGUGGCGGGCAAGUUGCAGGUCAUCUCAUCCCCUUCGGGACCAAAGCUUUGAGUUCUGCUAUUCGGUUGACCAGCCAGCUGUUAGCCUGACCAACAUGCAACUUUAUAUUUUCAUCCUGGCUUUAAGUGUGCUGAUUGGUCUUCAGUAGAGCCCUGAGACUGUGUGUGGACACUUAAUCAAACUUCAGUCAGUUCUUGAACGGGACGGGGCCCUGCUCCCCCAUUUUUCCUUGGCUUCAUUUUUCUGGUCCUGUUUGGUCUCCCUUGUUUAGGGUCUGGAUUCCUGUGUUUGGGGGAGGGCAGGAGGGGGGGGUAGGUUUCCAAUUUCAGACACCAACAAGGAAGUUCUUUCCCUCCCUUGCAGUUCAGCCAGCUGCUACUUACGCACACAAGCCGGGAGGAGCUGUUAAAAGUUAAUGAAUGUUGGAAAGAACAAACCUUUUUUGUUUUCCCUUCCUAUUCUCACAGCUUUGUUUUUGCUUUGUGUCAGCGGAAGACCAAUUGCCUCUCUCUUCCUUCCUCCCUUCCUCCUUCUCAUGCCAGCAGCUGCCCCAGCCCUUUCUUCAUGAUGAAACAGGUUUCUAGUCCUUUGUUGGACCGAGGUUAGAUGCUGCCCCCUGAAGGGAAAAGAAAAAAGAAAAAAACCAAUUCCCAGUAACUUUAGCCAGUGUGGUCAUUGGUGAAGGAUGCUGGGGAUUGUAGUCCAACAUGCUCUUAUGUUUGCUGCAGAAAUAACUUUUUUUAAGCCUUAAAGAGGGUGGGAUUAAGAUGAGAAGAAGGCAGCCCAUUUAUUCUCCUCUCUGAAUUACAGGGAGCAACAUCGCAGUCCUGGCGUAUGAGGGAUCUGUAUGAAACGAGUCUGAUCUGAAAUAGGCAGAUUUGGGGGAUAUGUGGUUUAACCAAGGUCGGCAAAGAAGUGGGUUGCUGAGAGUCAUGCGGACGAGAUGAUGAAUCCCUUUGGACAAUCCUGCGUGGAGGGAAAAACAGUGGCUGUAGGACUUCAGUAUGUAGCAGUGCCUGCCAUGUUGCCCAUAAAUAUGCUCCUUUCCUCUCUUGAGUCAAGAUUGUAAAUCAUGUUUUAGAGCCAUAAGGAUUCCUGGGUCCAAACUACCAUGUUGGGAUUGUGCCUUGAUUGAACCAUGGUUAAUGAGGGUAGAAGUCCAGCCAAGAGGCGCCCCAGCACUUUACCAGGGCCAGGCCUUUAAUGGCUGCCCCAUGUACUGACUACACUAAAGAUACAUACACAUAUAAAUCUAUCCACGCUUCUUAUGGUACCUUUUUACAUCCAGUCAUGUUUGGUGCUCCCAUUUCAUACAAGAAGUGGAAGCUGUUGGCCUUUGAAGAAAAAAAAGCCUCCAGGUUUCCCUUCUCCUUUCCCUUCUCCUCAUUAAACUGUACAAAUUUAUCACAUGUCCUCACUUGCUGGGUUUUUUUUUUGUUCUGUUUUGUUUUUUGUUUUUUUUAAAUGUUUUAAUUGAAAAAAAAAAUCCCAAAACUUGAAGCUGGCACUUGUUGCCAUUAUGAACUCUUUCUAUUUUUGGAAUCUUUGUAUUAACUGCAAUUAAAGAAAUAAAAAGAGAUAAA